AUGAGAAGUGUGCGCCUUUGGUUUUCUCUGCCCCUGUGGCUUUGGAGCGCGGACAGAACAGCAGCAGCAGCGGGACAGGGACUCAACGAAACCCCAUUUUUGGGAGAGGGGCUAUUUAAUUACACAGGACACGUACUUAACGUUUCUGGACAGUUGGAUAACAGGACGUCGGGCUUUUUCCUCCUGGACUUGGAUGACAGGCUGUUGGAGGACUGGCGCUCUCUGGCCAGCAGGACGCGGCGCAGCGGGGAGGCGCAGGAGGGGAGCCUGAAAGCCCUGCUGGUGGCCGCCUAUUCCCUCAUCAUCGUUGUGUCCCUGUUCGGGAACACCUUAGUGUGCCAUGUGGUGGUCAAAAACAAGCGCACACAGUCCGCUACCAGCUUGUUCAUAAUGAAUCUGGCUGUGGCUGACAUCCUCAUCACUGUACUUAAUACACCCUUCACUUUGGUCCGUUUCGUGAACAGCACCUGGGUGUUUGGGAGGAUGAUGUGCCAUAUCAGCCGCUUUGUGCAGUACUGCUCCCUGCAUGUGUCCACUCUCACACUAACAGCUAUUGCACUAGACCGACGGCAGGUAAUUUUGCAUCCUCUGAGGCCGCGAAUGUCCCUAGCACAGGGCGGCCUUUGGGUGGCAGUCAUCUGGAUAAUGGCCAGCUGCUUUUCACUCCCACAUGCAAUCUACCAAAAGCUCCUGACCUUUACCUACAGUAAUGAUAAGGAGCGCAGCCUGUGUGUCCCAGAUUUCCCUGAGCCAUCUGAUGUCUAUUGGCAGUACAUUGACCUGGUGACCUUCAUACUGCUUUAUGUGCUGCCUCUGCUUAUCAUCACUGCGUCCUACACCACAGUGGCUCGACGGCUGUGGCGCCACAAUGCCAUUGGGGACACUACAACAGCUCAGCACGCCACCCAGAGAAGAAAGCGGCGGCGUACCUUAGCUAUGUUGCUCUUGGUGGUUGGUGUGUUCGCUGUCUGCUGGUUCCCCCUAAACUGCUAUGUGGUGCUCUUGUCCAGCCAAGCCAUUCACUCCUCCAAUGCCAUUUAUUUCUGCUUUCACUGGCUGGCUAUGAGCUCCACCUGCUACAACCCUUUCAUCUACUGCUGUCUGAAUCCCACCUUUCGCCAAGAGUUGCAGCUCCUCCUGGACAUCUGCAGGAAAAGGCAAAGGGCAGAGGUGGGGUUAGUGCCCGAGCUCCGCCCUGCAGAUGCCUGCGCACCUUGUCGUCGAACUGCGUGGCCUGACAAUCAGGAGUCAUCAAGGUCAAGGCAUGCGUCGUCUCACCAAGGCCAGGGCUCUUCUCAGCAAAGUCAUGCCUCUUCUAGUCAGUCCCGUAACCUAAAAGAUUCACAUGUGCUCUUCACCGCCCGAGAGGCUCUUUCAGGACGGGCAGACAUCCUCUCAGUGGAGCCCAUUGUGGCUGUGAGCUGGCUGCAAAAACCUGCAGUACUGUUAAAGUGACUGCAA